AAAAAUCGUCACUAGCUUAAAGAUCGUCACUAGCUUAAAGUUCACUACUAGCUUAAAGUUCGUCACUAGCUUAAAGUUCGUCACUAGCUUAAAGAUCGUCACUAGUUUAAAGAUCGUCACUAGCUUAAAGAUCGUCACUAGCUUAAAGUUCGUCACUAGCUUAAAGGUCGCUACUAGCUUAAAGACCGUCACUAGCUUAAAGUUCGCUACUAGCUUAAAGUUCGUCACUAGCUUAAAGUUCGUCACUAGCUUAAAAAUCGUCACUAGCUUAAAGUUUGCUACUAGCUUAAAGUUCGCUACUAGCUUAAAGUCAGUCACUAGCUUAAAGUUCGCUACUAGCUUAAAGUUCGUAACUAGCUUAAAGUUCGUCACUAGCUUAAAGAUCGUCACUAGCUUAAAGUUCGUCACUAGCUUAAAGUUCGCUACUAGCUUAAAGUUCGUCACUAGCUUAAAGAUCGUCACUAGCUUAAAGUUCGCUACUAGCUUAAAGUUCGCAACUAGCUUAAAGAUCGUCACUAGCUUAAAGUUCUUCACUAGCUUAAAGUUUGCUACUAGCUUAAAGUUCACUACUAGCUUAAAGUUCGCUGCUAGUUUAAAGUUCGUUAGUAGCUUAAAGUUCCUGGACAACGGCUUUGAGCUAUUGUCAUGACUAUAGUGUUAAGAUCAUUCUGACUGAGGCAGCCUGCAGCUCGUCAAACCUUCCAUGUCCCACCUCCACCUUCAUCCAGAGAGACCUCACCUGUGACUCUGCCGGUGAACAAAGGCCGGUGUUUGACACAUGAUCAGGGGCAGAUGUCGGGAGCUGAGGUGAGUCUGACGGAGAUGACUCCGGUUGAAUACACAAACCUCCAGCACCUCGUCCAGGUGCACAUGGGGGCACCAGGUGGGCCUCCGGACGGGCCAGAUGUGAGGGGGCACCCGGCUGCAGGCUCCCUGGUGACCUCUCCAUGGACAUCCAGUCAACCCAUUGACCUGUCCACUUGGACGGAUGAACACUGUCCGGUGACGUCGGGGGAAAAGACGCCAGGCUCCUAUGGAGACGUCCCGGGGUUUGUGUUGGCCAGAAUCAUAGCAGAGGAGAGUCCGAAGAACGACCCGUCGGCCAACAGCAGCACACCCUCGAUGAGACCGUUCAGAUCGGCCGCCAAAGUUUGUCUGGAGAAAAGGUUCAACGCCACUGACGGCCCGAGACGACAGGACAUUCAGGCUGCCAUUCUCAACAAUUUUCUGACGCGGCUUCAUGAGUCUGCAGAGGCUCCGGAGGUUUUACUUCCACAAGUUCACAAAUGGAUGAAAGGUGUCGAGGUUUUCAGUCCACGUGCGGAGGCUGAAUUUGACCCCGUCACCACCACGUGUGGCGUGACACAUCAGGCGAUUGGCCGUAUUCCUUGUGUGGGCGAACCGAACAAGCAACGAGGUUUAGUCAUGCCCAGGAGUUUUUCUUUUAACUUGAGCCCAGAGAUGCUUGUUGCACAAGCUCAGUUCACCAGCACGACAGAGGACAAGCAGCAGGCGAACACAGGAAGUGAUGUGGUGACACCCGCUGCCUCCACGAGGCAAAGCCGCGGCCGCAGCUCUGCGAAAGCUAAUGCUCCGGGCUCGGAUUCCGGCAGCAGCAGCAGGAAAAGUCUGCGGAGGGAACAACACAACAGUCUGGAGAGGGAACGCAGGAAAAGGAUCCGUCUGUUCUGCGACGAGCUGAACGCGUUGGUUCCGUUCUGUGACGCGAGCACAGACAGAGUCACCACCCUGCACUGGACCACCGCCUUCCUCCGGUUCAUCAGCAAGAUGUUCGGAGACGCCCUGAAGAAGGACUUUCAGAGAACAUUCAAGGACGAGACGGGACCGUCUCCCGAGUCCAGCUCGUCUUCAGGCCCGGAGCCGAGACAACAAAGAGAAGGACGAGACUCUGAUUAUUGACUUAGAAUGACCAACCACAACCCACACACACACCCCAUCCUCAAUAUUUCAUUUGAUAAAUCAGCCUGAUAUUUAAAAAUGUUAGCUGAGGUUGUCCCACGAGUAUGACGAUGUGUUUUUAAAAGACUAACGUCUCCUUCUGAAAGAGGAACCUUUUCUGUAUUUUCUUAGAGUCACCAACAGGUGGCGCUGUUUCCCUUUAGAAGACGUUUGUGACUUUAAUCAGUAGUCAGAUCUUCAGCUAAUUAAUUUAUAUCCUCGUAGUUUUCGUACCUGAUUCAAACUGUAGUUUACUUUGGUUGAAUCUCAUUCUCAUAGGUUUGUUGUUCAGUUUUUCGUGUCCACCCACACGUUUAGUCUUUUAUCACAUAUUUAAAAUAUGAAUAAGCGUCACACUGCCUCACGUCACCGUCAAGGAGUUCAACGUGUAGAAAAGAAGUAAUGUUUUUACUGAAAAGUGGCUUUUAUUUGUUCUUUCUCACAACAUGUCGCUGUAGCAUCUUACUGUACAUACAACAGUCACCCACAAAUAAUAAAUAGUAUUUAAAGUCAUGUAUAUUUAAUAGUUACAGCACCGGUAGUACAAAGUGGAUGUGGUCGAUUCAGAUUGGAAAAAAAACAACAAACAGAUUUAUUUAUUUUUUGUAAAAGAUUGUUAAAGGUAUUUUACAUGUCUGACACACGUUUUUAUUUCCAUUUUGAUUCUCAAAUCUGGAGAAUCGGCUUCACGUGCAAGUAAAAAUAAAAAAGCUGUAAAAAAAAAAAAAA